CAAUUUCUCUAACACCUACAUGGAAGAUCUCCAUCAAACACUAGCCCUUCACAAAGAUCAUCCGGAGCCAACUUACCGUGGCGUUCGCCGCCGAAAAUGGGGCAAAUGGGUAUCCGAAAUUCGGCAGCCGGGAACCAAAACAAGAAUUUGGCUCGGCAGCUAUGAGACCCCAGAAAUGGCAGCUGCAGCUUACGAUGUUGCAGCAUUCCAUUUAAGAGGACGCGCGGCACACCUCAACUUUCCAGAGCUGGCUGAGAGCCUCCCUCGACCGGCGAGUUCCACCUCUGAAGACGUUCAAAUAGCGGCUCAACAGGCAGCUCUGAGAUUCAGAAGGUCGGGGAAUGGCGGCGCCGAAAGUGUUAGCAAAGUUGGAAGUAAUUUAGGUCCAGUUAGAGUUGGAUUGUCAGCGAGUCAGAUACAAGCCAUUAAUGAGUCGCCAUUGGAUUCGCCAAAGAUGUGGAUGGAGUUGGAAGCAGGGCCGUUUUUGAUAGGUGAGCAAAUGGACGGCGGGUUCUUUGAAAAUUUUCAAAGUUUUAGUGGCGAAUGGAAAGAAGAUGAAGAUAUGCAGCUUGCUGAGUCUAUAUGGGAUUAUUCAUUCAUUCAUUAGUCAUUCAUAAAUCGUAACAUCAGGUGAAAAUAUAUUAAUUAUUUUAAUUGCUCUCUAAUUUCAAUUAUUCAUCCAAAAGGAGGGAAAUGAAUAAAAAUAUAUGAGCUAAUUUCUGUGAUUACAAA